UGUGGGAGUGAAACAGAGAGGGGAAGGUUUAUAAGACUCUGAAGGGGAGCAGAGAGACAGAGGGAGUCCUAUACAGAUGUUUGAGUACACAGGCGGAGGGUAAGAGAGCGACAGAGAGAUUGAGUGAGACAACUAUGUUAUCCAAGGACAUUCUCCUCAAUUAUCAUCACCAAGGAGACAGGACUGUGACCAGGAAGGAGACCUGAGGAUUGACAUAAAUAUCAUAAUUUGAAGUCGUUCAAGUGGUCAACAUGAGGAGCAGAUCUCAAGCCUGUGAGGUGAAGAUGUGGCUGUUUGUGGCCAUGGCUUUUCUUUGCCAGUGUGUGAUUGGUCAGCAGCUGGAGGCCAAGGUGAAAGGAGCUCCGCCUCGUCUGAUCUGCAGUGUUCUGGGGUUACCAGGGAGACCAGGUAAACCUGGCCCAAACGGGCCUCCAGGGGAAAAUGGGAAUAUGGGAAUCCCAGGAAGAGACGGAAGAGAUGGCAGGAAGGGAGAGAAAGGAGAGAAGGGUGAAGCAGGGGUAAAGGGGAAACUCGGCCCAACGGGUAAACGUGGCGAGCGGGGUGUCCGGGGUCCAGGGGGGAAGAGAGGUCCUGAUGGAGAAUGCGGGGACGGGGGCCGACCAGGGCCACCAGGGCCCCUUGGGAAGAAAGGGGACAAGGGCCAGCGAGGACCACUGGGUACGGCAGGCAUCUGCAGGUGUGGCAGCCUGGUGCCUAAAGCAGCCUUCUCUGUGGGAAUCACCAGCAGUUACCCUGCUGAGAAGGAACCUAUCAAGUUCAACAAGGUCCUCUUCAAUGAGGGAGGCCACUACAACCCAGAGACGGGUAAGUUCAUCUGCGCCUACCCGGGCAUCUACUACUUCUCCUAUGAUAUCACCCUGGCCAACAAGCAUCUGGCCAUCGGGCUGGUGCAGAACGGGCAGUACCGCAUCAAGACAUUUGAUGCCAACACAGGGAACCAUGACGUGGCCUCUGGGUCACUUGUGAUGUUCCUGAACCCAGAAGACGAGGUGUGGCUGGAGAUCUUCUUCAAGGACCAGAAUGGCCUGUUUGCAGAAGCAGGGUGGUCUGACAGCCUGUUCUCUGGAUUCCUGCUCUAUGCAGACACAAACUACCUGGACUCACUAGCAGAGGACUACGCAUAGUGACUUAUAACACUCAAUAAAGGACUGAGAGGGCUGAGUUUGUAGCCUCCCCUUGACAUAUUUACAGUAUCUAUAUUUCUGCAUGUAUUAUUUAUAUACUAUAUAACUAUGUGGGUGUACAUGUAUGCAAGCGUGUGUGUAUGAGCUUGUGUAGUGAGAAACAUACAUUUUUUAAAUGUUUGUUUACAAUGUUCGUUUGGAGAAAAAUGUCUAAGUAUCUCAAAGUGAUAUGUUUCAUUAAUCAAAUUAAUAAUAUGCACUCAGUCGGUAAUGGAUCUACCCUGUACUCUCUUUUCAAAGUAUUGAGUAGUAUUAGAGUUGAAAAAUAUUAGUGUUGAAGGCACAAGUACUAUACAGCCAGUGCGGAGAUAUGAUAUACAGUUGAAGUCAGAAGUUUGCAUACACCUUAGCCAAAUACAUAUAAACUCAGUUUUUUACAAUUCC